GGACUGAAAACACGUCAGGAACCUCAUCUGUCCCUUAUGAGGCGUUGGGAUGGCACGGGGCUUUUGGGAAAUGAAAUGAGUCGUUACUGGGGCAGAAGGAUCAUCGAAGGAACACAAGAUAGUUUGCUGAGAUAACUACUAGAGCCAAGUCUCGAUUUGAAUUACGGUGGGCAGGGGGAGUUUCCCUUCAGUAUACCAUGACGCGUUUCUAUAGUCAUUCUGCUUAUUUGCUAUUUGGUGAUUCUAUACAGCUUCAGAAACUUGUGUGGGGGGGGAUUGAAUUAGUGAAGACUCUGCUCAUUAUUCUUCUGACCUCCAAUGACGCUUCCUAAUGUUGAGAAAAUGAUCUAAUCGUACACAAAUCUCAAAGUAAAAGUGUGUCCCAGUAUUGAAGGGAUUUAAGAGAGAACCGCUAGAUUUUGGGAAAGUGCGGAGCUGAAAGGUUUAAUUUAUAAGGUCUAGAGAGGGUUCAGAGGCUUUUUGGUGGCAGCUGGAGACUAUAAUCUGUUUUUUUAGGAAGUUUAGAAACAUAACACUUGAAGUUGAUGGAUGGGUGAAUGAAGGAAGCGGCGAGAUGCGAGAUGGGGUAUGUGCCGUGAAUGUGUGAUCAUGUAGUGUUGAGAUAGGAGCCUGAGGACACAGGAAAUGAGGGCUGGGAGUUUGGGAGUUUUAGGUUUUGUAGUAGUGAGGCUGAAAAAUUAAAAAGUGGACUACGAAAAAAGAAAAGAAAAAAAGAAAUAGAGGUGUAGACAUUACGGUGAUCAGUAACUCCAGGAUUAGAAAAGUGUGUGGGAUGAGGGACAAGAGGUCUAUAAACUUAGUGUAAUGAGAAAGGGGGACUAACGUGUGUGGUGAAACAUGUCAGAGCAUGCGCCGAACCCGAACCGGACUCACCGACGCGGCUCCUUCACCGACGACAGGCAGUGAAACAUGAGGGGCCGUCGCGGAGGGAUCAAAAUCAGGGCUGUGCGUGUGGGGGUCCUUCUCCCCUUGCUAGUCCUGCUGGGGGUCGUUUUCGCAGGGUCGUCCUCGCAGCAGCACCCGACGACUCCGAUCUACGACGUGGCCCUUGAUUUCAACGACACACAUCACUUGUACUGGAGAAUUGACUACCUGAAGGAGGAGGUGGAGUUCGAAGUACACACGAAGGGCAAAGGAAGACAACCGUGGCUCGCUGUAGGGUUUUCUGACAGGGGGCUGCUGGAAGGGUCUGACCUGUGCGUACUGUGGACUGAUUGGCAUGGCAGGGUGCAUUUCCAGAACGCCUUCGUGGACUCGAGUCUCCGUUUGGACGCAGCCGAUCACCAGGACUGCCAGGACUUCAGAUACAAAGUUCGAGAUGAUGUGGUCAAGUUUACCUUCUCGCGCAAGUUUGAUACCUGCCACCCACACCACUACGUUAUACAGCGAGGCACGACCCAUGUGGUGUGGUCAUGGGGUGUGGGGCCCCUGUACCGCCUCUCGGGUGUGCUGGCCAAGGGGGACCACACUGGCAUGGUGCGAGUGGAGCUGCUCAAGCCUCCACUGCCCACAACUACCCUAGACAACACACAAGUACUGGAGUUUGGCCCAGUGAUUGAGGCGGGUAAUGAAGAUCUGGUUCACCACAUGGAGCUUUUCCACUGCGAGUACCCGCCCGAAGUGACCAUCCCCAAGUAUCAGGGCCCUUGUGCUGCCCCUGAUCGUGCCCCUGAGAUUGAUGCCUGCAAGAGGGUGUUAGCAGCCUGGGCAAUGGGCGCCUCCCCCUUUGUCUACCCAUUGGAGGCCGGGCUACCCAUCGGAGGUCCAGAUUUCAACCCAUAUGUGAUGCUGGAAGUUCACUACAACAACCCCAGACUUGUGGCAGGUCGUGUGGACAGCUCAGGUCUUGGUCUGCACUACACGAGGCGGCUGAGGGCACACGACGCGGCCAUCAUGGAGCUGGGCCUGGAGUACACUGCUAAGAUGGCCAUCCCGCCUCACCUGCCCUCCUUCACACUCUCCGGAUACUGUGUGCCUGAGUGUACUGCGCUGGGCCUCCCAGCAGAAGGUAUCCAUGUCUUUGGGUCACAGCUGCACACACACUUGACUGGAGUGAGAGCCUGGACCAAGCACAUUAGGGACGGCACAGAGUUGAAUGACCUGAACCGUGAUGACCACUACUCUACACACUUCCAGGAGAUCAGGAGGCUGCCGCACACUGUCCAUGUGUUACCGGGUGAUGUGCUUGUAAUGUCCUGCGAGUUCUCAACGAAGGACCGGGACAACGUUACAGUGGGAGGGUUUGCCAUCAGUGACGAGAUGUGUGUCAACUACAUCCACUACUACCCUCGGACUGACCUCGAAGUGUGCAAGUCCUCCAUCGAUUCAUCCACUCUCAUCAACUAUUUCAGCUUCAUGAAAAGGUGGGAGCUGCAGGCCACAUCCCGUGAGGCAAGCUGGAGGCAAAACUAUCAGGCCAUCAGAUGGACGCCUCUGAGGUCAGGUAUGCUUGGUGAUCUCUACCUGAACUCUCCACUCUCCAUGCAGUGCAACAAGUCUUCUGGGGUUCGUUUUCCUGGCUACUGGGAGAACAUUCCUAUCCCCCACAUCCUGCACCCACUGGAGCCUCCCCCAAGUCCUUGCAGCCCUGCCGAGAAGGUGGUAGAGAACGACUCUCCAUUAAUGAACUGAAAUAAUCUCACUCACUCAUUCUUCCACGGUAAUGUUUGGUUGUGUCUUUGUUCCCUGUAGUGGAAGUAAGGAGUUGUUUGGGUUCUGUAAUAAACACGCUCUGCCCUUUCUAACAAGUGUGUAUAGUUGGUUGUUUCUUUGGCUCCCCUACUAUCAGGUUUGCAUUGCUCUCUGGUGCAGAAUACUAACUUCCUCUCAUGUUCUUGCUGUAGAAAUUUAUGAACUUGCAGAUUUUCUUUGACUGUAUAGCCAAUGUAUAUGAUAAGGAUCUUCUGCUGUAGAAUAUAAAUUUAUGCCUUUCUUCCUGUGCAGUUUCCUCAGGUAGUGUAGAAAUGUGUGGAAGUUUGUCUCCAGUGAGCGGGAAGGUGAUGUAACACUAACAGAGGUCGGCUUGGUGUGACGUCUUCCUGCUUGGCCUGGGGAUGGAUGCCUUUGUAGCUUCCAUUUUCUGUUAAUGUUGUUAAGGGGAUUUCUUCAUAUCUUAUGUAGCAUGGCAUGAAAUAUAUAUAUUAAUAAAUAUUCUAAUGGAAAA